CGCAACCGCGCCUCAGCCUGAAACUGAAGGGUCCAAACGCCAACUCAGACUUUAAUUCAACCCUCCUACAGACACAAACAACAUCACCAGGGCCAUAAGGGAACUCUGACCGAAGCAUGAAAAACACGUCGGCCCGUCGAGCUACGUAUCGGCACGAACAUAAGUAACAGCCAUGUACAUAUUGUACCGAGUGUCUCUGGGUUUGGGGCGUGUUGUCCCGACAGGAGCCACGUCUACCCCCCAUUUUCGAGGUGCCUGCUGAGGACAUUGGACCCUCUCAGUCAGCGAGUCCCCAGUCCUGUCACCUCCCAACUCAGUUACAGCUAAACCACCCAGGGCUGUGGCCGCGGGCGGGAGGGGUGCACAGCCGGUGAGCCAGCAUGCAGCGAUUGUUGACAGGGGUAAACUGGCCCCUCCCCUACCUCUUCCCCUGUCAAUCAACCAAGAUAAUGCCCUGUUACUGGAAGCUUUCUUCUUGCCGUGUUUGUCAUCUCAAUGCCCACUGGAGAGCAGAGCACCACGGUCUGGGUGAAGGGGAUGCAUCUUUCCCCAGUUUGGUGGUGUCAUUAUUAGAAGUCAAUGCGUUCGCCAGCGCAGACUUCACGGCACAUCGAAGACAAAACAACGGCGGACCUCGGGGUCUUGUCCUUCCGGAAUUUGAGCUUUGUUCAUGUGGUUGUGCAAAAUAAGACGGCUCAUUUAGUGUGACUCGGUCAAUCUGGUUCAUGGUUGAACAGGUGCAUGGAUGUCCAUGGCCACGUUUAUGAUACACCCGCAGAAUGUGCAGAACACCUACGGAGUAGGUUCCCACUUAUAUCGCUAUCAAGCUCAAGAUUGAGCGACAUGAUAGAACAGCUCGCCUGCAUACAACGGCUGGGAAUAGACACAAAGAGCAACCUGACUUCCCAGAUUAUUGGGCUCCGGGAUCGAUCGAACGGCCCGCUUGCAUCCACAGGCCUAAUAAAUGGCCCCCACCGCGGACAUACAGGAUGGGGAAUUAGAACUGAGAUAUGCGCUAGUCAAGGCCAGUUUGACGAUUGAGUGAAACUACAACAACUGCACAGUUUCAAGCUUCACGGAAACAUACAUACUUGGAGCUCAAGGCCAGGGGGCUUGUCGACGGAAACCAGGCAUCCUGCGAGUGGAGUCAUGGCUUGAACUCUCGACUCUGUAGUGCACAUCAGGGAUGGCUCCGCUUGGUUCCAGUGCCUGGAUGUCUUUCUUGUCCCAGCAAUGUUUCAUCCCUUCUCAAAGUUGCACAGAUUUAGCAACGGAUAAAAGCAACACUAUGUGUUAAUUACAAGAGACAGACGUUCAAUUCGUUCAAAAGUCAUCCGGUAGACUUUGGGAACCUGCCAAGGGCGAAUUUAUCAACACCUAGUUUGGCUUCUAGUCGAGUUCUGAAAUAACCAAAUAGUGGAAUCAGGGACCGUCAACAAGAAGGGCAUCCCUUUCUUCAUCGCUAGCAUGCGUUCUUCGUACCUGUAUCACCUUUUUUCAGCCACCAAAAGGGCACGACCUCGGCAGGAUACCCGUUUCAAAACCAAAGCCCACUUCCACCUGGGUUUCUUCAAUCACUUUCAGGAUGCGAAAACUGAGACUCAAAGCUACUGAAUGACCUCAGUCCUUCAUAUAACGCAACGGUACGGAGUAGCGUUGUACUGAAAACGUUCUUAUUCCCCAUUCUACAUGAAGCGGACAGCCGGAUCUCCUCAAGGCUUGAAGGAGAAUGCAGGAAAGAUGCAAUGAUAUCGUCAUCACAUUCAAUCGAGGAUUCGAACAUACUCGUUUCAAAAAUCCUGGGAUUCAUGAUCCAGUGUACUGUCACUUACUACAAAUCUCGGCUCACUGGAUGAUAAUUUAUUUUCGCAAGAAGGGAUGUUGUGUCAAACCUCGCAUCCAUUCGUUAGUAAUCCAAACAAACCACUGUGGAUGGGAAUUACUUUUGUAGUCAUCUGGCGUCACCAAUCUUACCAAGGGUGAUCUACGAGCUUCUUUUUCGAGGAUAAAUAGGAAGGCACAACAAAGACAGCCAUCGCUUUCUCCGUUGCUGAGACUGAGUCAUAGCCUUAUCGAAUGACAUGGUGUUGCCGCAGAUCUAUUGCCUGGCGCGUGAGGAUACAGCUUGAAAUUUGAAGUUUGACGUUCCCGGA